AUGACAAGAAAAAGAAGGAACAACAGUCAUGCCAAAAAGGGCCGUGGUCAUGUGCAGCCUAUUCGCUGCACGAACUGCACCUGGUGUGUACCGAAGGAUAAGGCCAUUAAGAAAUUUGUCAUUUGGAACAUAGUGGAGGCCACCACCAUCAGGGACAUUUCCAAAGCAAGAAUCUUUGACAGUUAUGUGCUUCCCAGGCUGUAUGAGAAGCUGCAUUACUGUGUGAGUUGUGCCAUUCACGGCAAAGUGGUCAGAAAUCGAUCUCAUGAAACCUGUAAGGACCAAACUCCUCUACCCCGAUUUAGACCUUCUGGCACUGCCCCACGACCUCCACCAAAGCCCUUGUAA